GUCGCAGCUUCUCCUCUCAAACACAGGCCUCCUCUUCUUUCUUUCACGAACCCUACUCUUAUAUUCAUAAUGCGUUUCGCCACCGUCAUCGCCGCUGUUGCCUGCGCUGCCUUCGUCGCUGCCCAGACCCCCAGCGAAUGUGUUAUGACCUGUGUUCAGACCGCCAUGGAGGCCAACGGAUGCGAGGGCCUCUCCGACACCGCCUGCCUCUGCGGUAACGAGGCCUUCCAGACCGCCACCCAGGAGUGCCUUGCCGCUGAUUGCACCCCCGAGGACCUCACUGCUGCCCUCGCUCUCCAGGAGACCCUUUGCGCUGCCGCUCCCUCUGACGGUGCUGAGCCCUCCGCCCCUGCUCCCUCCGACGGUGCUGAGCCCUCUGGCGGCGCUGAGCCUUCUGCCUCAGACGCCUCUGGCUCUUCUUCCGGCUCUCCCCGCCCCACCGCCUCUGGCACCGACGAUGCUGAUGAUGCUGAGGAGACCGACGAGCCCGACUCUGCUUCCAUGAUCAAGGCUGCCUGGGCCCCCGUUGCCGUUGCCGCCGUCGCUGCCCUCGCUCUCUGAGCACCUUAACCCACCUACCCACCGUCCACGAUAUAUUCCACACUCAAAAGAGUCGAUGCUCAUGAACUCUUUAACAUUAUACCACGAUUGGAAUACCUUAACGUCUGCACUUAGUACCCGUAUUUGAAUGAUCAUGAUACCUUAAUCCUCC